CCCUCACUUAGCUGUACAGCUGCAGCUUCUCCUGCAGUCAUCUGGUUUUUCUCUCUGUCUUCACUCCGCUUCGCUUAAAAACUUCUCUGGUACACAGAGAUUUUCGAAAGUUUUUUUUUUUUUCUUCUUCAACACCUUGAACGGUUUAUUUGUAUUUUCCCGACCACUGGCUCUGACAUUAACAAGAGGGAUAAUUUUGCUUCGUUUUAUGAAGGCACGAAGAAGAUUGGUCAAAACUUCGCAAACAGGAAAGUCGACUACUUCAAACCAAAGAACCGGCUGUUCCAGGGUUGUGUGUUAUGAAACCUGGGCACAAAGCAGGCUGGCGUUCCCUCGGAGUCGUCACUGAGCCGAAAGGCACCCACUGCUCUGCUGAGACGAGAUAACAGAGAAAGCCGGCUUCGCCUAUACGCCAUGUCGGCCGACGUUGAGCCGGGUCCCGAAAUGCCCGAGAACCCGCCGCCUCCCGAGGUGACCAAUCCCAGCAAGCCCGGCCGACGAACCAACCAGCUGCAGUACAUGCAGAACGUGGUGGUCAAGGCUCUGUGGCGGCACCAGUUCGCCUGGCCUUUCUACCAGCCUGUUGACGCCGUCCGUCUGGAGCUUCCAGACUAUCAUAAGAUAAUAACGUCCCCCAUGGACCUGGGCACGAUCAAGAAGCGACUGGAGAACAACUACUAUUGGAGUUCAAGUGAAUGCCUGCAGGACUUUAACACCAUGUUUACCAACUGUUACAUAUAUAACAAGCCUACGGACGACAUCGUGCUGAUGGCUCUCUCUUUGGAGAAGACUUUCGUGCAAAAGGUUUCCCAAAUGCCUCAGAAAGAAGAGGUUAUUCCUCACGCAGCCAAAGCGAAGGGCAAAAAAACCUCGCCUCCAGAAAGACGGGCGAGGUUCGGCGGCGUGGGUCGAGCAAUCACUCCUACAAAGAGCAACUUUAAGGAAAACAAGGCGCCGACACAGAACCCAGAAAAGGGAGGCGUGAAGGAGCAGCUGAAGUACUGCAACGACAUCCUAAAGGAAAUGCUGUCGAAGAAGCAUUCGGCCUACGCCUGGCCGUUCUACCAGCCUGUUAACGCCGAAGCUCUCGGGCUACACGAUUACCACGACAUCGUCAAAUAUCCAAUGGAUCUCGGCACCGUGAAGGAAAAGUUGGACGGAGGAGAAUACCAGGAUGUGCAGCAAUUUGCCACAGACGUCCGCCUAAUUUUUUCCAACUGCUACAAGUACAACCCAUCUCGCCACAGUGUCGUUGAAAUGGCCAGAAAGCUUCAGGGAGUGUUUGAGCAGAGGUUUGCAAAGAUGCCAGAGGAGCACGUGGAGAUUAUCGCUGUAGGUAGCGCCGUCAGCAGUUUGUCUAGUUUUGGCAGAUCUGAGUCGGCGGAGGAGCAGGCCGCCCAGUUUGCUGAGGCGCGAGAACAGAUUGCAGCACUGUCUGAAGGGCCUGUGAGUAAACCGAACCUGACGGCGAAUGGCAAAAAAGAACCCAACAAGGACGGAGCUAAACCUGCUUUAAACUCCACUAUUAGGAACCUAUCAAAAGGGAACGGAGAUUGCGAUUCGGGUGAUAAAUCCUCGCCGAUGACGUACGAGGAAAAACAUCAGCUGAGCCUCGACAUUAACCGGCUUCCCGGGUUGAAGCUGGCCCGCGUGGUGGAAAUCAUUCAAAGUCGGGAGCCCGCCGCGUGCAGCACCGACCUGGAUGAGAUCGAGAUCGACUUUGAGAUACUGAACACGUCCACACUGCGGGAGCUUGAGCAAUACGUCCGGUCUUGCCUGUUCAAGAAAUUCAAAAGGUACCAAAAGAUGACCAGCCAACCUGCCUUUCAGUACAUCAGCACAAGCAGCAGUUUAUCAGACUCUGCCACCAGCACCUCCACAGACUCCGGUUCAGAAGACACUGACUCAUAAUCUUUGUUGGUCUGUAUUUAAUUCUUGUUCUGUUGACCAAAGGUUGUUGCAUGUAAGAUUUAUUGUUGAAUUUUGUUCCAUAUCUUAUAUAUUUAAAAUAAACGUUUAUUUUUUUGUCUACUA